AUGUCAUCAUCCAAGGCCCUCAAAGUAGGAGUAAUAGGCCCUGCAGGCUUUGGAGGCUCUUACCUUUGCGUCGAACUCCUGAAUCGCGGUCACAAUGUCAUUGGGAUAUCCCGUAAACCCGAGAAACUCGGCUCGCACGAGCGCUACAUUCCGCGGUCUGUCGAUAUUGACUCAGUCUCGAUUUCCGAACUAGCAAAGCACUUCGACGGCCUUGACGUCCUCGUAUCCGAAUAUGGACCGCACACUGCGGGCGCCGAUGCGUUGCUUUACAUGCCUUUCCUCGAAACUGUACGCAAAAUCAUCCUGGCAGUCAAGUCAUCCAACGUAAAGUACUUCCUCUUCGUUGGUGGCGCAGGCUCGCUCCAUGUGCCCGGCACGCCUGAGAGCUGCGUCGACCAUCCAGACUUCUUCAUGGCAUACCGACGCGCCAUUGCAACCUCCGAGGCGCACAUCGUGUAUAUGGAAGAGCGCCUGGGCAUCAUGGGCACUUCCCUACGCGCAUAUCGCGAUGCACGUUUUGCAGAGCGAGAAGGGCGCGCCACGGCCGAGCACAAGAAGACCAUCGAGGAGUAUGAAGCAUCCAUUAAGGCGAAGGACCGCGCGACGGACUUCAUUAAAGCAGGUCGCACGGCGUAUAUGUUCUUUGAUGGGAAUACUUCGUUCAAGUGGUCUUUCGUGUCGCCGUCUGCGCUUUAUAGACCUGGGGUACGGACUGGGAAGUAUGAGAUUAGCGUGGAUGAUAUGGUCCUAGUUGGAGAACAGCAGGGUGACAAUAUCUUCGAGGGGAGGUUGAAGGGCAUCAGUGUGGCGGAUAUGGCCAUCGCGAUUGCAGAUGAAGUGGAGAAUGAGAAGUUGGUUGGAAAGCAUUGGAGUGCGUGGGGUGAUAUUAGUGCAGACAAGCCGGCGCCUGCAUAUUUGACUCUAGAUAGUGUGGGUGGCGGAAGCAAGUGA